UUCAUUCCAACACCCUCUGUACCACUGAUAUCAUAUAAUGGCACCAUCCUUCCUCAUCCUCCUACUACUUCAAUCUCUCCAUGCCUGUACUUAUUCCCAAAGAGUGAAUCAAACCGAUUCUCUUCUAAAAUGGAAAACCAGUCUCCACUACAAAAGCCAAACCUCACUCUCUUCCUGGGUUGGGGACAAUCCUUGUAGUUGGGUUGGAAUCACUUGUGACAAGGCUGGAAGCAUCACCAAUCUAAACCUUUCAAGUUAUGGUUUAAAAGGUACACUUCACAGUCUCAACUUUCUUGCCUUUCCUACUUUGAUGGAACUUCGACUUCCUGAUAAUUCAUUGUAUGGGACAAUUCCCUCGAGUACAGGUAACCUGUCCCAACUAAGAGUUCUUUACUUGGAUUUUAAUGAUUUCUCAGGAAAUAUUCCAUCAGAGAUAGGAUUGUUAACGAGUCUUAGUUUGCUUUCCCUUUGUGGAAAUCAGUUAAAUGGACCCAUUCCUAAAGAAAUAGGAAUCCUCGAGUCUCUUAGUGAACUUGAUUUAUCAAAUAACAAUCUUUCAGGUCCAAUUCCUACUUCUAUAGGAAAUUUGAAAAAUUUGUCUAUCCUCCAUCUUUCUGAAAACAAGCUUUCUAGCUCAAUACCUCAAGAAGUAGGAAUGCUUAGGUCUCUAAUUAAACUUUCUUUUUCAAGUAACAAUCUUUUAGGUCCAAUUCCUCAAGAAGUAGGAAUGCUUAGGUCUCUUAGUGAACUUUCCUUAUCAAGUAACAAUCUUUCAGGUCCAAUUCCUACUUCUAUAGGAAAUUUGAAAAAUUUGUCUAUCCUCUAUCUUUUUGAAAACAAGCUUUCUGGCUCAAUACCUCAAGAAGUAGGAAUGCUUAGGUCUCUCACUGAUCUUGGUUUAUCACGUAACAAUCUUUCAGGUCCAAUUCCUACUUCUAUAGGAAAUUUGAAAAAUUUGUCUAUCCUUCAUCUUUGGAAAAACAAUCUUUCUGGCUCAAUACCUCAAGAAGUAGGAAUGCUUGGAUCUCUUAGUGAACUUGGUUUAUCAAGGAACAAUCUUUCAGGUCCAAUUCCUACUUCUAUAGGAAAUUUGAUAAAUUUGUCUAUCCUUCAACUUUUUCAUAACAAUCUUUCAGGUCCAAUUCCUACUUCUAUAGGUAACUUGACACGUCUUAGUAAGUUGAAUCUUUUGGAAAAUAAUUUGUCAGGUUUGAUUCCUAUAGAAAUAAAUAAUCUCACUCUUUUAGAAAAUUUACAAUUAGGUGGUAACAAACUCAGUGGGCAUAUACCGGAGAAACUGUGCCUUAGGGGACUUCUCCAAAACUUUUCAAUAACAAACAACCAUGUGACAGGUCCAAUUCCAAGAAGUAUGAGAAAUUGCACUAGCUUAGUUAGACUUCGACUUGAUGGAAACCAACUUACAGGUAACAUUAGUGAGCAAUUUGGAGUUUACCCCAACUUGAAUUUCAUUGAUUUAAGCCAUAACAAUCUGUAUGGUGAGCUUUCUCCUAAGUGGGGGCAAUGCCAUAAUUUAACAAGCUUCCAGAUCUCUCACAACAACAUAGCUGGAAGGAUACCUGUUGAGCUAGCGCAAGCUACUCGGUUACAACGACUCGAUCUUUCUUCAAAUCAUUUCAGUGGUGAGAUUCCGCAAGAGUUGGGAAGGCUGACAUCUUUGAGCUAUCUCAUACUGAAUGAUAACCAACUUUUUGGAAAAAUUCCAUCCAAUAUUAGAAACCUGUCAUCUUUGGAACAACUUAACUUGGCAGAAAAUGAUAUCAGUGGACAAAUUCCUACAACAAUUGGGGAGUGCUUGAAAAUAUCAAAGAAGAUAGUUCAUCAAAAUGUCUUACAUGGUGUAUGGCUAAAACGGUAAAAAUUGCUUCAAUAGCUCCAGCUGCCCCAAGAAGAUGACCAAUAGCGCCCUGAAUUUUAAUUUGGAUUGAGAAAGCUUGCAAAUGAAAGUCAAAAGAAUAA